UUUUUGUUGUUGUAAUUUUACCAUACGCUUGUUACGUUAUACUAUUACAUUGCGUAGUACGCGAUUGCUAAAAAAAACUUGACUCGACGCGGUCGAAUUAGAAACUUAUUUGGAUUUUCCGCGUUCACGACGACGGCAAACUUUAUUGUUAUUAUUAUAUUUUAUACUGCUCGUCUAAAUCUACAAUAGUAAUACAAUAUAUAACGUUAUCACGAUCUUAGCUGUUGUAAUAAUAUAAUUAUUUAUGACAAAACGACAUCGGCUCCCGUGCGAAUUUCGAAUUAAUAUUAUCAUAAUGUGUCAAGCGCUUGUGUGACUUCAUCAUAAUAAUAACAAACAAACGAAAACAUCAAAAUGAAAAAAAUGUUAUAUCUUGUCGGGUCGGGUUUAUGUUUGGCCACGGCGGUCACCUGUAUGGACACUACCGGCUUUGAAUGUGGCGACUUAGGACCGCCACCUUCUAUACUGGAAAUGCCGCCCCCGCCGAUGCCAUCGUUUUUGGCGGCCGUCUUAGACGAUCAGUUGGGCAAUAACGAGUCGAAUUCGCCCAACAAAGAUUUGCUGAUGGAGACUAACGAACUGGAACCCGGUAAACCGUGCAAGUCGAUGUGCGACACGGAUCAAGGUGUCGGAUUUGUAGAGCUACCACAACAAGGUCCUAUUAUCGAAGGGUAUUCUUUUUGGAUGUUGUUGUUCACGUGUCUACUGGGAGUGAUGCUUCUGGGCACCAUCAUACUGGUGGUGGUCAUCAGACUUAGAGAAAGGAAACGUUGGAGUAAAUCGGAUUACAGCCCGGAACCGAGGAAGAGCCCGAAUCUAUACGACACCAUAGACAUAUCGCCGAAAACGUUUUGGGCUACCUUGUCGCCCACGGGCAACAUCGACACCACGGCCACGGUCAGACGACCGGUGCACCAUCAUCCGCAGACCAUAGCGAAUCCAAAUUUCGAAAACGGGGCUUACUACCCUUACGAGCAACAGCACGAAUACCAAACGAUAAACACAAUCCGUCGCAUACCCGUCGAGUACCAGACCAUCAGGCCCCGCGUGUCGUCGCCAACUCGAAUCGAGCACCCAAACAUGCCGCCUUUGAAUCUAUACAGAUCCGUUCGUCGAAUCUCUGAUAUAGAAUCGCCAUAAACGGUACCUACCGAACAGUUGUAAACUUUCAUAAAAAAAUUACUCUUGAUUUAUUUUAAUCUCCUCGUUUGAGCUAAAAAUGUGACUUUCGUUUGGUUUUUUUCCUAAACGGGGGUCUCAAUUGUUUCUCUAUAAAUGGUAUCUGCUACGUUAAAUUUAGUCGGUCAAAUUUACUUUUAAAAUUAUUUGCAAAACAUUUACUUCGUUAAAAAAAAGUAUAUUUAAAAACUGCAUGAAGUCAAAAAUAACGACCACCCUGUAUAAUAUAGAUAGACCUACCUAUACCAUUGUGUUUAAGCUUUGACAAACACAGCGUUUUCUUUGAUACUUUGUGAAAUUGAGUGUUUAACAUGAACGUUACAUUUUUUGCAUUGAGUCCGAUUUGGUCAGUCAAACUAAAUGAACGCUAUUGCCUUGAAAGUUAUACAGUUAUUAUACGUAUAAAUUGUGAAAUCCUAAUAAUUCUAGUCAUAUAUUUGUAAUAUUAGUCAGUAUUUGCCGUGUAAAUAUAUUGUAACAAAAAUAAUAAUAAUUAUUAUUAUUAAGCUAAGAGUUAAAACUGUAUUACUCGUGGUCGUGCACUCGUUUAUAAAAUACCGCAAUAAAUUUACAACUCGUUUAAGCUGUGUGCAUAAUGCUAAAUCGAUAAGUUUAAAUUAUAGUAGUUAAAAUUAUAUAAGUCAGAAUUCUGAAUAUUUUAGUUAUAAAAAAAUAAAAGUGUGUUAACGUGCUAAAAAAAAUCAGUGAACAUUUGUAGGAAAAACUCAAUUAAAAUUAGACAACAUUGUAAAGAAAGCUUUAACAUUGUUUAAAACAUUAAAAAAACCUCAGAGCUUAGUAUGAGUUUUUUUUAUGUUCAGAAAUUAGUUUUAAGAAUUAGUUUUCUGAUAUAAUACGCAUAAUGAGUUAAUUUAAGAACAGCACUAAGGUCCAUGAACAUGAAAUCCUAUUACUUUGUACAACUCCUCUGUAUUGCUAUAAUCCAUACAUACACCGUUGACGCACUAAGUUCUUUUUUAAAUUCCAUUGACUGAGAUAAUAUUAUUAUUUUUUUUUUUUUUUUGUAAUACAUGUUUAGAUAUUGUAAUUUUACGGCUUACACAUGCGAUUUAUAAAAUAUUUUACAUUAUUGUAAUAUUGUAUUAAUUACCUUUUGUCUCAUCUUUAUCGUAAUAUUAUUUUUGUUUUAUUAUUUGUUUUGUUGUUGGCUGUUUUUUUAGAUUAAUAUAUAAAUUAUAUUGAGUACA